CAGAAUGAAAUAUAACCUUGACAAAAAAGGAUUUUGUACAAGAGUGUUUUGGAAACUACAUAUUAGUGUUUAUAUGUAUAAAUUUUGUACAAUAUUAAUUUAAAUUACAAUGUUUGUAGAAUAUAUACAAACUUUAUCUGAAAAUCCAUAUUUUGGCGCUGGCUUCGGUCUUUUUGGUCUUGGAGCCGGUGCUGCUUUACUAAGAAAGGGGGCACAAUUUGGAGCUGUAAUAUUCAGACGUCAUUAUAUGAUCACUUUAGAGGUACCAUGUCGUGAUAAGAGUUAUCAAUGGUUAUUACAGUGGAUUACAUACAAGGGUGCACGAAAGACACAACAUCUCUCUGUAGAAACCAGCUUUGAACAGAAAGAAACUGGUGAUGUGAAGACAAAAUAUGACUUUAUUCCAAGUAUAGGAACUCACUUCUUUAGAUAUAAAGGGAAUUGGAUAAAAGUGGAAAGAAUAAGGGAACAACAGACUUUAGAUUUACAUAUGGGUAUACCAUGGGAAACUGUUCAGUUGACAGCAUUUGGGAAAGACAGAAACAUAUAUUUUAACAUUCUUGAAGAAGCCAGACAGAUGGCUUUGAAAGAGCAUGAGGGCAAAACUAUAAUGUAUACUGCCAUGGGAAGCGAGUGGCGGCAAUUUGGACACGCCAGAAAGAGAAGACCUCUCGAAUCGGUUGUCUUGGACAAUGGUGUUUCCAAAAGAAUAUUAAAUGAUUGUCGGGAAUUCAUCAACAAUCCUUCAUGGUAUAGCGAAAGAGGGAUUCCAUAUCGCCGAGGCUACUUGUUACACGGCCCUCCAGGAUGCGGAAAGUCUUCUUAUAUUACCGCAUUGGCCGGCGAGUUAGAGCGUGGUAUAUGCGUUUUAAAUUUAUCUGAGAGAGGACUGACAGAUGAUAGAUUAAAUCAUUUAUUGGCAGUAGCUCCGCAACAGACUAUUAUCUUGCUUGAAGAUAUUGAUGCUGCUUUUACUAGUAGAGAAGAAACCAAAGAAGUUAAAGCAGCAUACGAGGGUCUUAACAGAGUGACAUUCAGUGGUUUAUUGAACUGCUUAGACGGUGUAGCUUCCACAGAAGCUAGAAUAUUAUUUAUGACGACCAAUUAUUUGGAUAGAUUAGAUCCUGCUCUUGUUAGACCGGGUAGAGUCGACGUCAAAGAAUACAUUGGAUGGUGCAGUGCGCAUCAGAUUGAACAGAUGUUCUUGCGAUUCUACAAAGAACCGGGCAAGGAUCCUAAUACACUCGCCAAGAAAUUCGCAGAUAGCGUUAUGUCCUAUAAAAGAGACGUCAGUCCGGCACAAAUUCAGGGGUACUUCAUGUUUCACAAGCACAAUCCGAACGCGGUUGUAAAUAACGUUGGACAAAUCUGGGAAUUAACUUGAUAGAAAAAACUGUAUUUGUAAGUAGCAGUAAAGUUUUAUGAUAGUAACAUCGUACAGUUAUUAUCUUUCCUUAUAUAUGUACAAAAAAGAACUCAAAAAUAAUUUUUUAAGUCUAUUCUUUCAUGUGAGAGAUAAUUUUGCUUUAAAAAGACUGAGCAAUAUUAGAGAUUAAUUUUUUUUUUUUCUUACACAAAAUAAAUACACGAAACAAGUAGAGAAAUUUUGAUCCACCAGGCCUGAAAAUAUUUUUAUUUUAUUUUUCAUUAUAUUGUCAAUUUCUCGUAAAAUAUAACGAGAUGAAUUUUUUGACAAAAAUUAAAUACAUGUUGUAUUAUUCAAUAGUAAAUGCAAAAUAAAACACGGAUAUUUAAUAUAAAAUAUUUAAUAAAAGUUUUCUAUAGUAUCUCGUAAUUUGGUGAAACUAAUUCUACUUUAAAGUUUUGUACUACUGGUAAGUGUACAUGGACGAAUUACAUGAAUGUUUCAUUGUGUAUUCAAAAAAAGCAACUUUUCUCGAGAAAAUAGUAUUAUAACAGAAAAUCGUUUUUACAAAAUGUACAUGAUACGCUUUAGUUGUAAAGACGUUAUAUUAUACAUAGAAAAACUAGUAUAUAAAACAAUAACAGUCUUAUAAUAGUGUAAAGGCAACAUUGCGUUAUAUAAAAAAAGAUCGAUACAUGUGUGUGUGUGUGUAUGUGUGUGUAAUAUAUAUUUGUGUGUGUAAUAAAAAGCGCAGUUUACACACACAUGUCAAAUAUAAACUAUUUUGGCAGUCUGUAUAAAGAGUUAAAUUGAUACACUUUUCUAACUGGAACAUGCCAAUUUGUACUAUAUAGUUCGAAACGAGAUUCGUACAUGUAUCGUAUGUAAAUGCAUCAUACAAAAUAUAUACAGUAUUUAAGAUCUAUACAUAGAAAAACUUACUUAGAGAAAAAGUCAAAUAAACAUAUCAAAAACUGAAUUCAAUAAGAUACAAUUGAAUUUGAAAAUAAAAGUUGUUCCAAAUUGCAACGUAAAACACACAGUGUUGAUUGAAGUUUGAUUAUGUAUAAAUUUCCUGAUAGUGUGACCACGUUAUUUAUUCGAAGAGACAAUAGAUCCAUAGCAAAAUAAACACGUGAUGUAUAUUUCUUAUUCUAUUCGAGAGAUUUUCUAUUUACAUACUACAAUCUUUACGCUGAUUCACUUUAAUCUAAGGAAAUUUACAACUAAAUACUGUGUUUUAUUGUAUAAAAGUGUCGCUAAGGACAAUAUAAGAUUCUCGGAUAUAUAACAACAGUCACCGGACUUUCUUCUUGCACAUUAUUCAAAUAUCGUCUAAUAUUGCAAGUGACGCGUAAGUUAAAUUACACACAAACCGUAAUAUAAAAAAAGUAUUAUCCUGUAUCUAUAUCGAUAGCAGCUUUACAUCAUCGAUAUGACAUUGAUUUUAGAUCACGAUUAAACAUCACUUUUUUCUCUCAGAGAUAUAUAGAUAUCUAUUUCUAAAUGAAAUACGUACACUAUACAAUAUUGUAGUCUAGAUCUUGUUUAACAACACGCGAUACGUGAAGAUAACCAAGAACUAACUUGAGUAAAAAAAUUUGUAAAUUUCUAUUUUGCACAAUUGAAAAAGAUUGUCACGUUAACAUUUUAAAAACUCCAGAUGUACGGUUCGUAAUUUAGAGGAUCCGCCUGUUCCAUGUGACCGUUACCGCCGACCAUGCACGACGGAUAGCCGACACCGGCGUUACUCGGACCCGACACAGGUGGAACUAGAGCCGGUGCCAAUCUGCAAUCCGGCCUCUGUUGCAUUAUUGGGCCCAUCGGCUGCAUUGAUUGUGGCGGCGGUGGUGGCGGC